AUGAUGCGACUAUUUUUUUUGAACAUAAUUACUAUUUUUCACUAUUGUAAAGCAGAUGAUUACCACCAUUUCCAAAACCUCACUCUUGGGGAGAGUUACACCAAUUUAACUACAAAAGGAGACCUUAUCACGUCGUUAUUCACUGUUCAUUUGGAAAACAAUUUGACGUUGUCUGCAUUUCGAGUGUCCAUCGCUUCAGACAGUGCAUCUCUGAACAACCCGUUCAAUGUAAAUUUUUAUCACGCAAAGACGAUUCAUAACAUUGUGCUUCCACGUGUUCAAACACAAAAUGGCAAAAGUUUCGAAUACUUGUUUGCAUCUGACACAUUAUGUGAUAACAAUAGAUCCACAAUUCAACUACACCAGCCGAUACACUUAUCAGUCGCAAGCUAUUCCCAAAGUGUUUUCAGUUUGAAAGUAGAAUCGGUCGAAAAUUUUCUCAUUGGAAGCAAUAAGUUCAACUCAAGUGCAAGUCCUUCGGCACCUCGCUAUUACAUGUACACGUUUCCUGAUGACGUGGACAAAGUAAAUAUAAGAGUCACGUCUGAAACUGAAAUUUGUGGGAAAAUAGUGACCCGUCAAGUCAAGUGCCCAUUGUUCGAAGCUUCAGGAUUGGUGGAGCUGAGCGAUGCUCAUUUCUUUCAAACCUUCACAAAAUUUGCAGGAUUUUCGAUAAGAAAAAAUUACAUUGGCCGUCAGUUUCAUAUUGCUUUUAUUGUGAAUCCUGAUGAAACACUGUGUGGCAAACCAUCAAAUUUGAUUGGAAUAUUCGGGAACUUGGACAGAAUAAAAAAUGCCACAAUCUUGAUAUCUCCGGUAGAUGAACACAAGUUUCUGUCCGUUGUGCCACUUCUUGUAUAUAUGACAAGCAUUGCAAUUGUACUUACUCUGACAUAUGUAAAAUUCAAAUUCAUGGAUAGCCAUGAAAACAAUGAGCUGGACGUUUUUGCGGAGACUAAUUCGGAAGGAAUUGUGGUCGUAGAUAAAGUAUGGUUGUUUGAGCCUCCCUCCAUGGUAGUCAGUCAUAACGAAUAUCAAAAACAAGGACUUGUAAAGGAUUCUAAGUAUUUCAAUUUUUUGUUUUUUCAAGUGUUUGGAUUCGUCUUGCCUGCAGGAAUAACAUUAUUCGUUAGUAGACAGCAAAAUCGGAACAAUUUAGACGUCUGUUAUCUUAAUUAUUUAUGCAGUCUAGAUGUUUUCGGAUUCAACGCAUUCAAUUCAAUGACCAGCUCCAGUAGUAUUGCAGUUAUCGGAAUUCUAAAUUUGAUAAUUGUAUUUCGAAAGAAAAUCUUUCGAUAUCAAGUUCCAAGGUUUCCAACUUCACAUGGCGUUCAAAAGAGACAAGCACCAAAAGUCGUUUUCCUGUUGGGGCUUUGUGCAGUGGGAAUUUGGUCAAUUGUUACAGUGAACUGCCCACGAAGUUAUACAUAUCACCUCAAUUACUUCACACGUCUUUGGGUAUGGCAUUCUAUUACUAUGUGGAUUUACUCUAAGCGACACGGAAUUCAGAAAUGGCAACAACUCUAUAUUCUGGCAUUUUCAUCAGCAUCUCAGUUUUUAGCGCUUGCGGCAAAUAUAUUUGAAUUGAGUGGUGUACCUGGGUUUAUCAUUAAAAUCUUGUUUGCUAUGCUUUCAUUUAGUUCGACAGCAUUUUUCUGUUUCAAAUACUAUUUUCAGAGACCAUCUGGAAUUCAAGAAAAUCAGUGGAUAGUUUCUCCCUUACAAACAGUGGAAUGUGUUUUGUCAGAACAAAAUAAUGUGUACCGACCUCUCAAAUCAAAAUUAGCACUGAUGACGUGUUUGAUGCUUUCCACUUUUUUCUGCGCAACUCUGCCAUGUAUCUCUAACAGUUUACUAUAUGUUGCAAUAUUGCUAGUGGCAUCAGGACAAUGCCAAAUAUAUUUGUAUUACUACAUUAUUCAAAAAAUAAGAUUUGAACGAAAAUCAUUCAAAAAGUCUUACAUGUUCUACACGGUUACUAUUUUUGCAAUAAUGGCGAUUAAUGAAUUUUCAUCAGGAAUCCUUUUAAGUCGAUCAUUCACUUCUGAUGUUUCACUAACACCUGCAAAAUCUAGAGAAAUGAAUGCAAACUGUUUUCUACCUGGAACUGAUUGGAAAGAUAUUUUGAAUUACAGUUCUGCUUUCGAUUUAUUGAUGAUUAUGAUAUUCAUGGAUUUUAUCGACUCAAAUUUAAAAAGUGUUCCGAAGAAGCAUAUUUUUGUUUUCUGAAUUUGUUCUACUUGUUAAAAAGUUUUUUUACUGAAAUGUUGUUUAUUGUUAGCUUGAAAUUGCAAUAUUAAAAUUUGUUAAUACAAAAAUUUAUCUCAUGACGUUUUUCUUUUGUUUUCGUAAAUUGUUUAAAUCUGCGU